AUGUAUAUGGGAAGGAAUAAAAUUACAAUUGAAAAGAUUUCUAAUGAAAGAAAUAGACAGGCAACAUUUACAAAAAGAAAGAAUGGUUUAAUUAAAAAAGCAAUGGAGUUAUCAAUUCUUUGUGAUUGUGAGAUUGCAAUGAUUGUUUUUAGUAGUAAUAAUAAACUUUUUCAAUAUAGUUCAAGGGAUAUGGAUAAACUAUUAAUUCGUUAUACUGAUAAUACAGAUAAUACUCGCAAAAAUUUAACAAAUCAAGAUUAUAAUAGAGUUUUUGGAAAUAAAAAGUCAAAGAAUGAUGAUGAAGAUGGGGAUGAUGAUGGAGAUGAAGAUUUAGGUGAAACCCCAACUACGCCACAUGGAAAUUUAAACGCUCACCCAAUUGGUUCAAUGGAAAAUAAUAACAACAAUAAUAAUAAUAAUAAUAAUAAUAAUAAUAAUAAUAAUAAUAAUAUUAAUAAUAAUAAUAAUAACAAUAAUAAUAGCCACCACAAUAAUAAUAAUGGUAAUAAUAAUAAUAAUAAUAAUAAUAAUAAUAAUAAUAAUAGUAAUAAUAAUAGUAAUAAUAAUAAUAGUAAUAAUGGAAAUAGCAAUAAUAAUAAUAAUGGAAAUAAUGCAAAUCAUAAUAUGCAUCAUCAUAAUGGUAAUUCCGCAAAUAUAAGUCCAAUGCAAAUGAGUCAACAAGCAAAUAAUAAUAAUAGUAAUAAUAACAACAAUAAUGGUAAUAAUAAUAGUAAUAGUAAUAGUAAUAAUAAUAAUAAUAGUAAUGGAUACCAACAACAACAGCAAGCAGCACAACAAGCAGUACAACAGGCUCAAAUGGCACAACAAAUGCAUUUACAACAGCAACAACAAUAUCAACAACUACAACAUAUACAACAACAACAACAACAACAACAUCAACAACAACAACAAAAUAUGGGACCAAAUGGUUAUAAUCAUCAACAACAACAGUUACAGCACCAAUCACCACCACCACCACCACAACAACAACAACAACAAAUGCAACAUUCACAACAACAACAAAAUAUGAAUGGUAUAAUUGGACAUCAUUCACCAGUUAUAGUUGGUAAUGGUGUUUCACUAUUACAACCAUCAAAAUGGAGUGCAAGUCCAUAUGGAGAGGACUUGGCUCCAUUAACACCACGUUCAGCAAGUUAUAAAGGAAUUUAUGGUAACCAAUAUCCACCACAAAUGCAACCAGUUGUAAAUAGUAAUAAUAAUAGUAAUGGUAAUAGCAAUAGUAUGAAUAAUGGUAUAAGUUCCCCACCAAUAAAUCAACAAAAUCAACAAAAUCAAAAACCACCAAUCAUGAAUAAACCUGGUGGUGGUGGUCAACCAAUGUAUUAUGAUUAUAAUGGUUAUCCGCAACAACAACAACCUCCACAAAAUUAUAAUUCUAAUGGAGGGUAUUGGGGUCAAAAUGUUUCAUCACCACCACCACCACAACAACAACAAAGCGCCAAUCCAUAUAUACAACAGCAACAACAACCACAGCAUCAAUCUCCAUAUUAUCAUGGAAAUUAUUCUCCACAACAACAAUCACCUGUAUUAAAUUCACAAAAUGGUCAUCAUUCAUCACCUAUGCAUCCACACCAAAUGCAUCACCAACAGCAUCAACAUCAACAACAUCCACAAAUGCAACAACAACAACAACAACAACAACAACAUCAACAACAUCCACAAAUGCAACAAAUACAACAACAACAACAUCCACAAAUGCAACAACAUCAACAACACCAACAACAACAUCCACAAAUGCAACAACAGCAUAUGAACAACCAUCAAAUUAAUCAUCAUCACCUAAAUUCAAGUCCAGAAAUCAACUCUCAAAAAAAUGUUCACUCUUCUCCAUUAAUAAUGAAUAGUAAUAAUAAUAAUAAUAACAAUAAUAAUAACCAUCAUGGCAAUGAUAAUAAUAAUAAUAAUAAUAAUAAUAGUAAUAAUAAUAAUAAUAAUAAUAAUAGUAAUAACAACAAUAAUAUCAACAAUAAUAUCAAUUCAAAUAGUAACAAUAAUAGCAAUGUUAAUAAUGGCAAUAAUAACAAUAGCGGUAAAGUUUAUAAUAAUAAUAAUAAUAGUAAUAAUGGUAAUAAUAAUAAUAAUAAACCAGAACAAACAAUCCCGGUCAAAAUAGAAAAAGAACAUUCAUCCUCACCAACAAUACCAGAACAGCCUUCAAUUAAUGUAUCAACAAGUAGUAAUAGUGCUCAUGUAUUUAAUAACAUUACUAGCAACAGUAACAAUAAUAAUAAUAAUAACAAUAAUAAUAAUAAUAAUAAUAAUAACACCAAUAAUAAUAAUAAUAAUAAUAAUAAUAAUAAUAAUAAUAAUAACACCAAUAAUAUUAACUCUAAUAAUAAUAGUAGUAAUACUAAUGUAAAUGUAAUAAAUAAUUCAUCAUCAUCAUCAACACCACCAAUAUCACCAGCAAAUAUAAAUACACAAUCACCAGCAAUAUCACCAGCGUUAGUACCAGUGGUUACUUCAUUGAAUCCACAAGGUGAAGAAACAUCAAAACCAAAAUUCAAGAAAUCCUUAAAUCUUAGUAUCGUAAUACCAGAGGUUGGUAAUUCAAAAUACCCACCACCACAAUGUAAAUUAACACCAAUCAAUGUUGAAGCCACCAAACAACCCGAUAUUCCAACAUUACCAUCACCACGUGACUUUUAUCCAGAGAUUAAUCUACAUCAUGAUAAUGUAUCUCUAACUCCAAACUAUUGGGGAGGUUGGCAUCAAACUCCAAGAGGUAGUCUUUUAUUAACUGGUAAUGGUGGUAGUAAUAAUAGUAAUAGUAGUAAUAAUAAUAAUAAUAAUAAUAAUAACAAUAAUAACACUAACAAUAAUAAUAUAUCUGGAAAUGGUUCUUCAUCUUCAUCUUCAUCUUCUACUCAAAAUCCAAAUGGUUUCUUGGGCUGUCUUUCUCCAAGAAGUUUUAAUUUUUUAAAUGAAAAUAAUAAUAAUAAUAAUAAUAAUAGUAGUAGUGGAAAUAAUAAUAAUAAUAAUAAUAAUAAUAAUAAUAAUAAUAAUAAUAAUAAUAAUAAUAAUAAUAAUAAUAAUAAUAAUAAUAAUAAUAAUAAUAAUAAUAAUAGUAACCCUGACGAAAGUGACCAAAGUUUUAACCGAAAAAGAAAAUCAAUGGAACCUAAAAAUUAA